AUGCGUCGAGCGCAGAAACGGCUAAAACCUCCCCCACCCCCUCCACAAUUAGACACAGUUUCUGAAGCCGGAACCUUCCAAGACGUAUCUGACAUCAAAACGGUUCAUGAAGAAAUCGAACAAAACAGUGAGGAAGAUACGCGAGCGAGGGCCGAUGAGCUUGAGGGUGUAGAGAGUAGUGAUGCUUUGGGUGGGGCUGAGGAGGAAGAACUCGAACCCGAUGAAGAUUAUGGUGAUGAAGAAUGCAUUGGAGGGCGAGAACGCCGAGUUUCUGUCCUUUUCAUUCUCGUAGUUAUGCUUUGCUAUACUGCUGGAGGAGCUUGUCUUAUGCAACUAUGGGAACGUUGGUCUUUUGUUGAUGCUUUCUAUUUUUGCUUUGUUACUGUUACAACCAUUGGAUUUGGAGAUAUAGUCCCUCAAAAUGUUGAUUUCCUUCCUGCAACUCUUGCCUAUAUUGUUGUUGGUUUAAUCAUCACAACAAUGUGCAUUGAUCUAGUUGGAAGUGAAUAUAUUAAAGAUAUUCAUUUUUAUGGAAGGACACUAGGACGAUCCUUCCUAACUAUUGGUGGGAAGGUUAUUCACCUUGGAGAGGUCUUCUCAUAUGUCGCCUUUCUUCAAAAAAAUUAUGGGUUGACACCUGAUCAGCUUGACAGACUUGCACAAUUACCAGAGGAAUAUCUACUGGAUUGUUUGCUCAAUGGACGACAGCCUGAUGUAAAUUGGAUAGGUGGAAGGCCAUUCAUUCCUCCGGUCUUAUUUUUAAGAUUCCGAUUUUUAAAUAAUAAUUUUCCUCCUUUUCAGGACAUUUACUACUUUAAAUGGAUUGAACAACCCCGUACUUUAUCUUUUAAUUCUGAUCGUCAACUAGCUUCAAGCGAAUCGCUAGAAUUAAAUACUUCAUUAUGUUCUACAGCCAGAACAUUAACCCCUCGAGAAUAUUAUCAAAGAGUUUUAAUUCAUUAUUGUCGCCAAAUGCAAGCAGAUGCUAUUGCACGCACUGCUGGACUGGAUGCAAAUGGUGCAAUUCCCAGCGGUGCAAAACGUACUAGCAGACAAUUGUUAGAACAUCUUCAGCGUCGGUGA